AUGUAUGCUGCGAUUGGUAGUGAUGAGGAUGACUGUUACCGGUGUUUCCCGCCCGACCCGGGCAUUGGUACUGCCGCGUCAGGUACUAGUGAGGCUGCUGCUCUAGGUGCCAGUGCGUCUGUGCUCUCAGGUGCUGGUGAGUCUGCCCUCUCAGGUACUGUGUCGGCUUCGGCCUCUCACACCUUCACCCUUGACUCUGGAGCGUCUCGCUCCUUCUUUCGGGACCGCACCACUCUCACGCCGCUGAGUCGGCCGGUUGCGGUGUCCCUGGCUGACCCCUCUGGGGGGCCUGUCCUGUCUCGCUUCUCCACUGUCCUCCCGUGUCCGGCGGCCCCCUCUGGCACCCUGACUGGUCUCUACCUCCCCUCGUUCUCGACGAACUUGGUGAGUGGUGCUGACCUCCAGGAUGCGGGUGUCCACCAGUUCACCCCUGCUCGUCAGCGGGUGACCCACUGCACGGAGGCGGAUACAGGUCGCCACCUGGCUACGUUUACACGUCGGCCAGGGUCGAGCCUGUACACACUGACCACUGCUUCUCCUCCAGGUGCUGAGUCUGGUAGGGUCACUUCGUCUGGUCAGGUGUUUGCUGCAGCGUCCAGGUCUGGUCCUGAGUCUGCCCCCUGCUCGUGCCGUCGUUUGUCUCACGAGACCCUCCUCUGGCACCACCGCCUUGGCCACCCCUCUCUGCUUCGGCUCAGAGGCAUGGCCUCGCGAGUCCUUGUGUCUGGUCUUCCCCGGUCUCUCCCUCCCCUUCCUCCGGGCCCUGGCCCCACCUGUGUCCCCUGUGUCGAGGGGCGCCAGCGUGCUGCCCCUCACUCCUCCCAGUUUCCUCCGACAGAGGCCCCGUUGCAGACGCUUCACAUGGAUGUGUGGGGCCCAGCCCGCGUCCGUGGACAGGGUCAGGAGCGCUACUUCCUGCUGGUGGUUGACGACUACUCGCGUUACACCACAGUCUUCCCCUUACGCAGCAAGGGUGAGGUCACUGCGGUGUUGAUCGACUGGAUCCGCGCAGCUCGUCUCCAGCUUCGGAGGAGCUUUGGCUCUGACUUCCCUGUUUUGCGUCUGCACUCGGACAGAGGCGGAGAGUUCUCCUCUGGCCUCCUGAGUGCCUACUGUCGUGCGCGAGGCAUCCGUCAGACCUUCACGCUUCCGGACUCACCGCAGCAGAAUGGGAUUGCUGAGCGCCGCAUUGGCAUGGUCAUGGACGUCGCUCGUACGUCCAUGAUGCAUGCGGCUGCUCCCCAUUUUCUGUGGCCGUUUGCGGUCAGGUACGCUGCGCACCAGAUCAACCUCCACCCCAGGGUCUCUCGACCGGAGACCUCCCCAGCCCUGCUGUGGACGGGGAAGGUUGGCGAUGCGUCGGCGUUCCGGGUCUGGGGAUCUCGGGCGUUUGUUCGCGACCUGUCUGCGGACAAGCUAUCCCCUCGUGCUUCUCCCUGCGUCUUCCUGGGGUUCCCCCCCGACGCCCCUGGGUGGCAGUUUUACCACCCCACCUCUCGACGUGUUCUGUCCUCCCAGGACGUCACGUUCGACGAGUCGGUACCCUACUACCGCCUCUUCCCCUACCGCACUCCGUCCCUCCCCCCACCCCCGCUCUUCUUGGUACCAGGUCCCCCCCCGGUAGUCCCCCUCCCCCCUCAGGGUCCUGCCCCUUCAGGUGUGUCCCAGGUAGACGCGGUCGAGCCUGUCGAGGUCACUGGUGACUCUGGUGCUGCUGCGGGAGCUGAGCCUGGGGGUGCGGAGUCUGGGGGUGCUGAGCCUGGAGGUGCCGAGCCUGGGGGUGCUGAGCCUGGGGGUGCUGUGACUGGGGGUGCUGAGUCUGGAGGUGCCGAGUCUGGGGGUGCUGUGCCUGGGGGUGCUGAGCCUGGGGGUGCUGAGCCUGGGGUUGCUGAGCCUGGGGGUGCUGAGCCUGGGGGUGACGUGCCUGGGGGUGCUGUGUCUAGGGGUGCUGAGCCUGGAGGUGCUGUGCCUGGGGGUGCUUCGUCUCGCCGGGAGCCACUCUCCCCACACGAGCUGCGUGAGUGGUUUGCCGGGCGCUGGAGGCGUGCUGCUGGUGCUGGUGGUUCUUCGGCUGCAGAGGGUACUGCUGCUGCGCGCCCCGCCGGCGCUCGUACUGUGGGUGCUGGAGCUGCUGAGCCUGCGGGUUCUCCUGGAGCUGGUCCUGCUGAGGGUGUUGGUGCUGAGCCUGCCGUUGGCGGCCCGACUGACAGUGCUCCUGUUGCUGCGGCUGGAGGUUCUGGAGCUUCUGGUGGUGCUGCUGGAGGUGCUACUGGAGUGGGUGCUCCUGCCGGGGCUGCUGGUGCUGUUCCUGCUGUUUCUAGCGUCGCCGCGCGGCCCCGACCGUACUUCGUUCCGCUCCUGCAGCAGGUUCUUGGUCUUACACCUCCUCCUCCUCCCUUAGAGGGUCCGCAGCCUGUCCGGUCACAGCCACAGCUACAGCCUGCCUCCCCUUUGCCUGCUCCUCCUCCCUACGCUGGUCCGACUGGAGGUCUUACUGAGCGUCGUGAGCCUGCGUCUCGUCCUGUGUCGCCUGUUCGUACUGAGCGCGCUAGUGGUCGCGGGUCGCGUCAGCGUCCUCCUCCUGUCCCUGGCACGCACCGGAUGUCACUGCGUCCGUCCACUGCUCCUCUGCGUGCCCCUUUGCCUUCUCCUCCUGCUUCCUCUCUUCCUGCUCUUGCCGACCCGGAGUCGGACUCUCUUCGUGCUGCCAGUCCUACUGUCACGCGUCUCCUUGCUACUGCUGUCACUGACCCUUCCUUCGAGUCGUCUGCUGCGUCUGCCCUUGUCACUGAGCUUGUCGACUUUGCUGCGCGCUGUCGUCUAGACUACGCUGCUCGUCUUGUCACUGAGUCUGAGUCCGCCUGUCCUCCGUCCGUCGGGGGUGAGUGUGCCCUUGGCACGGACGUCCUUGAGGACAGGCAGGAGGAGUUCCAGUGUCUGGCCGCCGCUUCACCUCGUCUCGCGUCUGUACUGCUAGCCCCUGAGGGAGACCCGGAUGCACCAGACAUCCCGACUCCGCGCUCUUACGCGGAGGCGAUAGAGGGUCCCUACUCCUCUCAGUGGCAGGCAGCUAUGGAUGCAGAGAUGGCUUCCUGGAAGUCCACAGGCACCUACGUUGACGCUGUUCCCCCUCCUGGGGCGAACAUCGUCAGUGGCAUGUGGAUUUUCAGGGUGAAGCGGCCGCCGGGUUCUCCGCCUGUCUUCAAGGCGCGUUACGUGGCUCGUGGCUUCAGUCAGCGGCAGGGGGUUGACUACUUUCAGACCUUCUCCCCCACCCCGAAGAUGACCACUCUUCGGGUUCUGCUACACGUUGCUGCUCACCGUGACUACGAGCUGCACUCUCUCGACUUCAGCACAGCUUUCUUGCAGGGCAGCCUGCACGAGGAGAUCUGGCUGCGUCGCCCACCUGGCUUCACUGGGUCUUUCCCUCCUGGUACCCAGUGGAGUCUCCGGCGUCCAGUCUACGGUCUCCGCCAGGCACCACGUGAGUGGCACGACACACUGAGGACUACGCUCGCGGCACUUGGGUUUGCUCCUUCCACUGCCGACCCGUCGCUGUUUCUGCGCACCGACACCUCUCUGCCGCCGUUCUACAUCCUCGUGUACGUCGACGACUUGGUCUUUGCCACAGCUGACACUGCUGGACUCGCCUACGUGAAGUCCGAGCUGCAGAAGAGACACACGUGCACUGACCUGGGUGAACUGCGCAGCUACCUUGGCUUGCAGAUCACCCGGGACAGAGCACGCCGCACCAUUACCCUGACUCAGUCACACAUGGUGCAGCAGGUCCUUCAGCGCUUCGGCUUCACGUACUCCUCGCCUCAGGCCACUCCUCUGCCUACUCGCCACUCGCUCUCAGCUCUGCCUUCGGAUGAGUCCGUAGAGUCGAGUGGCCCGUUUGCAGAGCUUGUUGGCUGCCUCAUGUACCUGAUGACCUGCACACGACCUGACCUCGCAUACCCUCUUAGCAUUCUCGCACGCUUUGUUGCUCCUGGGAGACACCGACCAGAGCACAUGGCUGCAGCGAAGAGGGUGUUGCGCUACUUGUGCAGUACGUCGGGCAUGGGGCUAGUGCUUGGAGGGCGCAGUCCAGUGGUCCUCACUGGGCACGCAGACGCUUCUUGGGCUGACGACCAGGCUACGCAGCGGUCGUCACAGGGUUACACCUUCAGCCUUGGUUCCGGCUCUGUCUCGUGGCGGGCUACCCGCUCGUCUUCUGUUCUCGGCUCCAGUUGUGAGGCUGAGAUCUACGCUGGGGCUAUGGCUGCACAGGAGUUACGCUGGCUCACCUACCUGCUGACCGACCUUGGAGAGCAGCCUCGUUCUCCUCCAGUCCUGUACGUAGACAACAAGGCCAUGCUGGCCUUGUGUCGAGAGCAGCGACUGGAGCACAGAACGAAGCACAUUGCUCUUCGCUACUUUCUUGCUCGUGAGCUACAGCAGCGUGGACAGCUGCGACUUGCGUACGUGGCCUCUGAGGCCAACACUGCUGAUGUCUUCACCAAGGCACUUGCGCCUUGUGAUCAUCAGCGUUGCUGCACGCAGUUGGAACUUAUAGCUUACUUGUUUCUGUAG